AUGUUUAAACCUUUAAUCAAGAAAGUUCGUGAAAAAAGUAACAAUCCGAGUACUUUACCGGAAAAUAGUUCCGAUGAAAUAAAUGAAAAUUCAAGUAAAGAUACUAAGAACAGUUCCGAUUAUGAAAAUUCUCCACCUAUACGUUCUCAUCGACGAACUGAUUCGAAUAUACAACAAUCGCUGAGAAAUGAAUCGAGAGCUUCUUCAAUUUCCAAUGAAAUCGAUUCAAAAGAAGACAUUCUCAAACAAAAGGAUGACACUAUCGAACGACUAAUGCAAGAAACAGUUCAUUUACAAAAUGAAAUGACAAUACUUAGAAGUCAAUUUACAGAAUUACAAAAUUUAAGAGAGAAAAAUCCAAGUGAUAAUACUGUAAAAGUGCCUUAUUUACAAAAACAAAUUGAUAGUCUUCGUUCCGACAAUGAAAAUCUCAAAUUAACUGUAAAAUCUUUACGAACACAAUUAAGUGAUGUUGAAUCAGAAAGAGAUGAUUUACUUAUAAAAUCAACUGAUGUAUGUCAUUUAAAGCCUAAUGAUGAUUUUCAAAAAAAACUUGAUAGACAAAAAUCUGAAAACGAACGACAUGAAAUUGAAAUACAAAAUUUAAAAGAAGCUCUCAUUGAACGAGAUGUCAUUAUUGAACAACAAGAUAAACGUUUAUUAAUUGAUCACGAAACACAGGCAAUACAAACAGAUGAAGAUCAAUCAUUUGUUCAAGUACUUGCUGAACCAGAUGUGGAUACAAUUAGUAAAUUACAAGCCGAAUUAGAUGAUAAAAAUCGAACAAUAAAAAAUUUACAACAACGUUAUAAUGAUCUUCGUAAAACGCUUCAACGUGAAUUUCAUGCAUCUAUACCUAAAGAUCUCAAUCAAAUGGGAUCAUCAAAACCAAAUAAUGCUACUUCAUCAUCACCAACAAAUCUUCCAUUGAUACAUUAUGAUGCAUCAGCAACAUCACAAAGUGAUGUUGACGUAGCUAAACGAGCAUCAACAGCACGGCAAAUGACUGCAAUACGUAAAAAUGUUACAUUUACAUCAACAACAACAGCAGCUGCACCCACAAGUCCAGCAAUUUUACCAUAUACAUCAAUUGAAUCAACUUCGACAAAAUCACAAAUGAAUGGACAUCGUUCAUCUAUUGAUGGACAAACUAUAUUAAAUGGUACAAAUUUUAAAUAUCUUAAACAUGUUUUGCUUAAAUUUAUGACUUCAACUGAAGAUGAAGCUAUUCAUCUUAUUCGUGCUGUGUCAACAUUGCUCAGUUUUUCAACCGAUGAAGAACGUCUUCUUCGUGAAACACUUGAUAAUAAAAUGUCUUGGUUUGGAAAAGUGUCUCGUCAUAAACCGUUAUCAUCCAAUAUUAAUUUUUAA